AUGGCUGCGCAGACGCCUAUACAGAAGCUUAAAUGGUUGACAUCAUUACCAUCUGUUUUCACAGGUUUUAGAUCCUCACCGACUGACGGGGAUUUAGUUAAUUACUAUCUCAACGAGAAGAUCCAGGGCUCGGAGAGGAGCGUGUAUGUCAUUCCUGAAGUUGAGUCUAAGGCUUUGCCAGGUAUAUCCGUCAUACAAUCGAACCUUGAGCAGUUCUACUUCUCUACCCUUGAUAAGAAGUAUCCGGAAGAAUCUCCAAGUGCGAAAACUACUCAAUCUGGUUAUUGGAAAGCUUUGGGAAAAGAAUGCAAUGUAACGUAUUCCUCAGAAAUUAUUGGUAAAAAGAGGACUCUGUUUUUCUACAUCGGUCAGGCACCAGGGUGGGAGGAAACUGGUUGGUUCAUGUAUGAACUUUCUUCCAUUGACAUACAGAAGCCCUUUGUUAUUUGUCGCCUGCGAAGGAGCAACGGGGAGAUGAUAGAUACAAGACUGUCACAGUUUGGGGAAGAAUGGCAAAUUAUUGAGCAGAGUGGUGAACCGGAGGAGCAGAAUCAGUAUGAGAAAGAGACGGGAGGGGAUCAUUUGUUCUUAGACAACAUUAACAUCGACCAUACUUCAAACGGAUCAGCUUCAGACACGGCAGAAAAUGUAAGCUAA